ACCACUGACAAUAAUAAUCCGUCGAUUGGGCUGGAUUGGACGAAUACGAGAAUGGCCGUUCUCAGAAGUUUAAAUUUGAGUAACGAAGACGUGUUGCGUUUUAAGUUUCUUUGAAUGGAAGGUGAUCGUGCUUUAAAAAAAUAUGUCUAUUAACGUUACCGUCAACGGAAAUCCUUUAAGCAUAAGACGGGGAAGAAUGGUGUUGUCUGAUUUAGACCAAAUUAAGAAAAAUGAACGUGACCGACGUCGAAGGUUACGCUUGGAGCAGGUACGGCAGCAGUCAAAAGAAAUAUCGGAUAGACUUUUGGAACGUGUUAAGAACAUAACUAAGCAGGAACUAAAGAAACUCGAGAACAAUGAUAAACUAAAUUUAAGGCAAUCAUAUAAUGCGAAAAUCAUGGAAAUUCAACACAAAUACCAAGAAGACAUGGCAGAUAUUGGUAUGGCGCAUGUAUCCGCAUUGUUAGAACCUGAUCAUAAUGCAGUGCUGCAAGAAAAAGAAAGGACAAACAAAUUAACAGCAUCUAAACGAGGGAAAAAAGCUAUGAGUAAGGUUCAUGAGAAUCAACAAAAAGAAACUAUGCAACAGCAGCAGCAUCAAGAACGGUUGCGGCAAGUAAGAGAAUUGGAGAAUCUUAGGUCAACUUUGGUAGCGAAUCUGCCUCAAGCGACAGUGCUGGAAACAGAUAUUAUACAGGAGGAAGUUGAUGAAAGGAAUAAGCAACAAAAAUCUGCCAAGAAAAAAGGAAGGAAACAGUUCUUUAGAAAAUCACCUGGGAAGAUUACAAAAUCGUACAUAAGGGUUGUUGCUAGUGAUCUAAAAACAUGUUCGCCUCGUUUAAAAUCGAAACCACGAACAAUGAAGUCUGGUCGGAAGAAAGAUCAUUCAAAUUCGCAAGAACAAUCUGCUGUCACAUCGGGCAUAGAACUUGCGGCAUUAAAAAGCACAGCUACUACAGUAAACACAGAAGAAACUGUACUUAGGUCUGAACAGAAUGAGAAAAAUUCGGGAAAAGUAACGUCGAUUCCAAAAGCUACACAGGCAGAAGUUGAUAAAACAUUGAGGUAUAAUCCACAGGAUUAUGUUCAAUUGAAUUCAAACUCAUCCUGUGGCAGUCAGAGCGACAGUACUAGUUCACUGAGCGACGAUUCUUCGGAUCUGCCCGCUACUGGUGAACAAUCAAAGUGUACAAGAACACCAAAACAAAGUGUUCAUUCUCCGGCAAAAGAUAAAGUACAAUUAUACGAUCAUAGUACGCAUCAAAGGAAUGUAUAUAGUAAACCAGUCGGUGUAGUUGAAAAAAUACAUGCAUGGACAGAGCCAAGUGCAAUAGACUUAGCCCAAGAGAUAGCAAAGUCUGAAGCGAUCGAGUCGCAUCUGACAGAAAGCCGUAAAGCAACGGCUCAGAAGCGUGGCGAAGACGCGGUAUUGCGUGAAAAAGUGCGACGGGAUUACCAAACGCUUGUAGAGAAUUUACAUUACUUCGCGAGCGAAGAACGUAAACUAAAAGCCAAUCAAGUUAAACGUUAUACGAAAGACGCGCACGUAUUGGAGGAACGGAGAAGGGUAUUAAGGGAUCAGCAUAAAAAGAACCUAAAUCGUGCUAUGCAAGCUCUAUUGAACGAAGAAUGCUUCGAACAGUGCCCCUCGUAUCCGGUCGAAAGACAGAUCACUCUUGCGCCCAGAGAAAAUUCCGAAAGCGACGAUGUACGCGCUGUUUGGGAGGAUCCGUUCUCCAACGAGCAAAGCAGAACUGCGCAAAGUAAAGGCAAGGAGAACGAGAUUUCACGGGAGGAGCAAAUCUUAGAUAUGUUGAAGAAAGUUGAGAAGCAAAAACAGCUUUUAUUGAAGGAAUUUGGUGCAGAUUUACCGAAUGAUAUUUUUAACGCGACUAUGAAGCCUUUGUUCGAGAGGGACCAAUCGGUUCCAGCACCGUCAACCGUCUGUCACGAUGCACGCAGUCGACAAGCACCUUUGUCACCGGAAAUAAAGGUUAUAAAUGCAUCAUGCUGUUCCGAAAGCAGCCGUAAGGAUCAGACAGAGAAAACGGGAAGCUCGACUGUCGAUAAAGUAGAAACUGCUGUACAGACUGCCACAGAAGAUACACACGAUCUGCCUCAAGAUAAAAGCAUUCAGGUGGAAAUGUUACAAGAAAAAGGUGAUGUUAAGGACACUAAUGAUGAAGUCGAUAAGACUGCCAAACAUUAUCCAAUCGAACCAAAAAUCACAAUUGUUACUCCGGAAGCGGAUAGCAGCGUGUCGGCUAGUUCUGUGGUCACAAACACCGUUCACGAUACCGGCAGUCGGUAUUCGAAAACAACCCCUAAGAAACCUAAGCGUAAAAAGACACCUAGAAAGCACAAGUCGCCGUUGGUUGGUGUCAGCAAAACACCAUCUUCUGCGAAGAAACUUUCGAAAACUUUAUCGAGAUCGCGUUUCAACGGCCUAAGAAAGCCCAGCUGCGCUUCUGUAGAUACGCCCAAUAAGAGAAUCAAAAUAUACAUCAACAAGACUGGAUUCAAUAUUGAAGUGAAUCCACCGCAGACUCCGGAAAUAGCCGUGGAUGCGAGCACGCAAAGUUCCCAGAUAUUUUCUGCGGGCGUUCAAGAACAAUCUACAACAAAAUUGUACACUGUGAAGUCGCAGUCGACGCGAAUCAAAAUGAAGGAAGUCUCGGACACUUCGACGUCGUUCGCCAGUCCGCCGCCAACCAAACCCCGAAACAUUCUGGAAGUUUUGAACAAUAAUAUUUCUAUUCUCGAAAUGUUGGAUUCUUCGGCGAACGAGAGCGUGAAAUUGUUACGAAGAAAUGUCAGUCCAGUGUCGACGCCGGAGACUCCUUCGCCCCGUACUAUGAGAAUGCCAUCGAACAUACCUCACCCUAGUAAAAUUAGUAGAAUGCUUCGAUACACGUCCACAGAUACCCAAGUGAAUUGCAGUAGCCCGUUGUCGUCUUCCAAAAAUGAUCAUUCGUCGACAACAGAUUCAUCCGGUUAUCAACAGAGGCGACUGUUAUCCGAGCAAAUUAGCAAAUCUUUUAAGCAGGCAACUUCAUCACCGGAAGUCUGCACAUGCAAGAAUCCCGAAAGCAAGCUGAUGCACGCGAAAUUUGAUAAUAUCUGCAGUUAUACGUUGAAGAACUGCCCUGAGAUAUUGCAGAAGUACGAAGAUCUUCAGUGUUUGUGCACAGAAAGAAUUGUGUCCUUGACGAAUCUUAUUGAGAAGGUUCGAAACGAACAAAAAGGCGUAGAAUUCUCGGCGAUCAGCGGUGACGACGAAACCAGUUUAAUGCAACUACCUCCGCCGAAAGUAACGACGAACGAUCUACAAAGUGUUCGGGAUCUUGUUGAAAAUAUAGAAGCAAUUCAUAACCAGCUAGCGAAAACGCUUAUUGAAUCGCAAAGGAUUGUCCAGAAUACAGCGAUUGCUAAACAAGAGUCUGAUCAGCUGAAAGAAGUAGAUGCUGAAAUACAAACGAAUGGAAAUGCACAGAAUGUUGCGACUCAAAUCGUAGAAGCGAAUGUAGAAGUACAGAGAACCGUAGCCAAGCCGAGAAUAAUAAGAGACGAAAUAGUAAAUAUACAGCUUGAUGGCUACAAGGUACAGUCUAGACCAAAAACGUUGGAAACAACAAGCCCAGGCCGUAAUUUACGAUAUUCGACGAUGCAAGACGAAGAGAUUAUAGAAAGAUUAUCGCAGGAAAUUUUGGAACAGAGCAAGAGUCUUAAAAAUAAUUUACUAGCGACUAAAGGAUCCAUCAGUUCAACAACGGACCAAACGCAUCAGACAGACGUCGUUGAUUCUAAGAACGUUCCUACCAGCAAACCAAAGACUGAUACAGCUGUGCAAAAACAUUUUGCUGCGGAGAUGAAAGGAACUAAAGAUUUUAUUCCGUUGCUUGCGGACAUCCCAAAAGUAUCAAGGACAAUGGAGAACGCUAUAUUCGCCAACGGAAGAACCAAACCGCCAGUAAGCUUGCUUAGUGGACUGUACAGGACUGAUAUCGAGUCAUCGGGCCAUGAAUUAUCAACAAUAAUUGAAUUCGAUACACUGGACACCGUGAAUAAGAGUCAGAAUAUCGUUAAAAGUCCAUUGUCGAUCAAAAAAGUUUCACAGUCCCAAAAGACUAAAACUGCCAUUGUAGUCGAAUCACCAGAACGCUUGGUUGCUUCUGUGAACACGCAUAAUCAACAACAAUUCACAAAGUCUUACGAUCCAUCCACAUCGAAGCUGUCGUCAAUGGUUGCAUCACAUAGAACAGUGGAGACUCCAGCCCAAUUCGACGCGCCAAAGGUGUCCAAAGGUGUUUUUUCUCGAAUGGACGCUAGACAGACAAUAAAUAAGAAAUUGCAAUGCGGUACAGACAAUAAAGAACUGUCGCCAAAAGAAGACUUACUGCCUUUAUCUUCUGUUAAUGCAAACGAAGAGAAUAAAAAUAUUAAGGAGAGGAUAACCUCGACAAGUUCGAAUAGCUUUUCCGAAUUGUCUGGAAUUUCGCAAAUAGCAAGCACACCGUCGUCUGAUAUAUUAAGACACGCAUCGUCUCCCGAAGAAAUGGAAAUGGCCCUUAAGAAGCUUGGCUUGGGUUGGGCGAUAACGACAUUAAAGAAAACACGGGAGGCGAGUGCGCUUAGCUCGUCGUCGAACUCUGAUGACCGAACGCCGGUGACCACUGGCAAAAGAAUAUCACCUGUUAAAAAGCAAUUCGAUAAUAAUUACGGCUUACCAGACUUCAGUGAUGUGUCUUCGAUAUCUGUGAAAGAAGCCAGUAAAAGUACGGAGAAAGCUGUGCUCCUUAAAGGAAGAACAUCCACACCGUUACAUUCGAAAUUGCAAAAUUCAAAUUCCAACAGUGAAACAACAAACACCAGUAGCUCAAACGUUUCGGGAAUUUUACAGGAACCUAGUGAAGGUUUAAUAAUUCCCGAUAUAGGCCUUACUUGCACAAAAUCGAAUAUUAGGAAACUAGAGAAUCACUGA